GCUAACCCUAAAUUACACCCCUGCGCAUUGAACUGUGGCUGACCUGAAGUUCAUUGCCCUUUCAAGUUUGGUUUUUUUUCCUGUGCAUUUUCUUGUUCGUUUGGAUGAAUCUCUGUUUAAUUUUUAUUUAUGUUGCAUCUUUUUCCAAAUAGGUGUUGCUAUUUACUUUUAAACUAGUGAUUCAUGUGAUUAGGAUUGUGAUAUGGCCAUAUGGUUUUGCAAAGGACUUACUUCCCUAGUAGAACAAGUUUUAUAAUGUGAUUUUUUCUGAGUUUUUAAACUUGAAGUUCUACUUAGAACUUAUACUGCCUUCAGCAUCGACUUUUGUUGCUUUCAAAAUUUCAACUCUAUUAAGCUUGUUUCAAUUGAAUCCAUGCAAAGUGUUUAAUUUCUAUACAUGUUAUGGACUCCACAAGUUUAGACUAGCAAUCUUUGCCUGUACAUGCACUACCUAAUAGUGGUUUCCAGAUCAUCCAUUGGAGAGCCUGAUAUGGAGAUGAAGAGUUCGAAGCUUAAAGAACCUCAUUAGAAAGUGACUGUUCGUGGAGAGUGUCAUGCAUUCCCUUGGCACUUGUGUCUACGUUGUGCAUGUGUGGUGUGAAUCUGGACUGCCGUUGCUUAAUGGUUCAGGGCUGGACUUUUCACAGUGGUUACAGGCGGUUUGCAGUGCAUUGAGCCAUUAGGAAUUGGAGCUCGCUGUUGGGGUUAUGCACGGGAUUUGGGUGGCACCAAAUUGCCAACCCCUCGUGUCACUUGCACCACGGCGCGGAUGGAUGUGAGCCCAAAUUCCUUCUCCUUUCCUCGGUCAACGACAAUAGUUUGGAGGGGCAUUGCUCAGUUGUUACCCUAUCUGCUAUGUUGAUGCAAGCUUCUCACAUGCUUCUAGUUGAGGUACGUUUGGUGCUGUCCUCUACUCUUCUAAUGGAGCUUUCUUGGGGGCUGUGAAUGGACCCCUCUCUUGCUUCUUGUGUCCGUUAUUGGUGGAGACAUUUGCUGCAAAAGAGGUGCUCAUUUGGUUAAAGCUUCGUGGGAUGUCUUCCAUUCACGUACUUUCUGACUGUGCAAUCUUAUGUCACAAUAUGGCAAACCCCUCACUGGACAUUUGCUUUUAUAUUGGCAUCCCUAGCUCGGACUGCGGGAAACUUACGCAUGGAUUCAAUUAUUGUUCUUUUAGUUCUAUUCCUCGAUCGUCUAAUUUUUUUGCUCAUUCUCUUGCUGCUGCAGCCUACGAGCAGAUUUCUAUUAUGCAUUGGUAUUUAUCUCCUGACUUUGUUCCUCUUCAAAUUUAAUGCGGUUUGUUUGUUUUCAAAAAAAAAAAUCUGAAUGUAAGCGGCAUAAAUAUUCUGCAAACAAGGUUAUGAUACAAACUCAUUAUUUGCUUCAAUAAGUCAUCCUUUACACAACAAGGCAACUUAAAACCCCACCUCUAUAAGGGUUUCAAAAACCAAACAUGUAUCCACAUGUUUGAAAAAAAUGUUUUUUUAUCUGUUUCUUUUCACGGAUACUUGAUUACCUCCUGGUGCAUACUUAUUCCAACUCAGGUGAGCUUGGCAAGCCCUUAAAUAUUUCAGUGUUUUAAAAAACUUGUUACCUUAUAGCAAGAAAUUUGAUAGCAAGAAUUUCCUAGUUCUAUUGACUUGAUCUUGGUUAGUACCAAAGACCCACAUGUCAUUAACAUAUUGAUUUAGUAGACUACAACGGGAUUUUAUACACUAAGUUUCUCAGCCACUCACCUUUACUGGCUGAAGCUAAAGCAACAAACUAUGACUCCUUUACUAAAGAUCAACAUGUCAUUAACAUAUAGACAAAUUAUAAUUCCUUUACUAAAUACAUCAAAUGUGCUAUAUACAGACUUGUCAGUUAUCAGUCUUUUUCAACAAGAAACCAUGAACAGCUGACCUCACAUUCAAUUGUGAUUCUGUUCAUUUAUUUUUGCAUUAUCAACCUGCCAAAUAGGAAUAAUUUUUAUUGAGGAUUGUGAAGUAUUCACAAGCAGAUAAGGCUACCAAAUGAAGCAUUAUUCUACGUUUAUGAGCUCGAUGAAUGAUGCCCAUUUAGCUUAAAAUCUUAAACUGUAAUGUGUUUAAUAUGCAAGUGGUAAGUCUUCUAUAAUCUGCAUUUGGAGAUCUGUUUCAUGCAGAUUCAUAACUAUGCCUUUACCACUCGUGGUGUGGAACACAUACCGGAUGAGAUUCAAGUACUUACCCAUAUGAUGGAGAUGAAGAUGCAGCUGGACUUUGGUUUAGAACAAUGCUUCAUCCCACACCAGCAAAUAAACCUCAGAUCAUCUCCUUCAUAUAUUCAAGAGUCACAUAGAAAAUCGUCCCUUCGAGAAAUGAUUCUGGAUAUUUGAUUCCAUUAAGACAUGCUAAUCUACUGGGUUUCGUUGAAUUGCUAACCCUGGAACAUCGACGAUUCAUCCAUUCAGUGUUAAUGCUUUCAAUUCUGCCCUGUUUGGAUUCUGAAUUUAAUAUGUUGAUGAUUCCUUGCUAUUAUUUCGGAUUAAUCACCUAAUUGCUUUGUUUAGGAUUCAUCCAUACAAUAAUAAACUUAUAUUGCAGAGUUUUUACAUAAAAUAACUGUCUUCUUCUAUUAUAUUAUUACAUCAUUUCUAUGUAAAACAUAAUCUUACUUCCAUGUCAAUAGGUCUGAGAAUGAAAUGGGAGGAUUACAAUUUAUUUUCAACUAUUUUCAAGAAUUGAACUAAACACAAAUGUCAUGAUAACAAUGUAAAAAAGAGGUAGAAGCUUGAAGGAGGUUAUUGAUACAGAGAGACAAGAGAACUUUUUUGUAGUACUCCAAAGAGGUUGUGGUCAGGUAGUGACCCUUAAAGUGACGAAAUGCAUUGUCUGUGGAGCCAUUGAGUGUUGUAUUUGAUGACGAUGAUGAAGGAAAACAAGACUCACGUCUCUGCCUUCAUAUAUUCAAAUGUGUACAGUUGUUUGACUAGCGUUCUAUCGCCAUUAACCUUAAAUUAGAAGCCAUUCAGCAUUACUCAACGCUAUGACAACACAAUAUUUUACUCAUUGCAAUGAUUAUAGUGCGUCUCAUCCACUACAAUGAUUAUAUUUUAAUUUUUUUAAAUAAAUAUUUAGCUAUUUC